AUGAGCGUUGACAUUGAAAAGCAGCAGCCACCAGCGGCUGACGGCGCCGCCACCGGCCCCGAUCCCCAGCACCACCACGGCGGCGGCGAUGAGUUAUUUACAAACAGCGUGUCGCAGUCGACGCAGCAGUCGACAGAGUCCCUCGGCAGGAUUCGGUCUCACAAUGGCUACGGCAUCGACGAGGAGCAGCCUGAACGGUCGCGAGUCGCCCCAUCGUAUUCACAGGAGAAGGACCCUUAUGAGGUAGGGUGGGAUAACGGUGCCAACGAUCCCCUAUGUCCCUGGAGCUUCAAAAAGGCCAAGAAAUGGGCCAUUGUCUCUAUCCUUUGCGCGGGGAGUUUCACAGUUACCAACAUCAGCUCCGGCUACACAUCAACAUACGAGCAGAUGGAAGCCGAGUUUGGCAACUCGCGCAUCAUCUCCGUCCUCGGUCUGUCCCUUUUCGUGCUCGGCAUCGCCUUUGGGCCCAUGCUCUUCGGUCCUCUGAGCGAGUUCUACGGCCGUCGGCCCAUCUACCUGGUGGCCUGGGUCGUGUUUGUGGCCUUUCUGUUCCCCGGCGCCUUUGGCACCAACAUCCAGACCAUUCUCGUUUCGCGCUUCUUUGGUGGCUUCUCGGGCAGCGCCUUCCUCGCCGUCUCGGGCGGCACAGUCGGCGAUCUGUUCCAGCGGCACGAGCUGCAGGCGCCCAUGGUGCUCUUCUCGCUGGCGCCGUUCCUCGGCCCGACGGCCGGCCCGCUGAUUGGCGGCUUCAUCAACUACAAUGUGCACUGGCGCUGGACGUACUACGUCUUCCUCAUCUGGACUGGCGUGCUGCUCGUCGCCGUCGUCCUGUUCGUGCCUGAGACGUACCACCCGAUCCUGCUCCGGAACAAGGCCCGCGGCAUGCGCAAGCGCACCGGUGACGACCGCUGGCUGGCGCCGACGGAGAAGACGCAAAAGUCGGUUAUUCGUGCCAUCGGUAUCUCGUUGCUGCGGCCCAUGCAGCUUCUCGUGUUUGAACCCAUGUGUCUGAAUCUCUGUCUGCUGUCUGCGAUGCUGCUCGGUAUCCUGUACCUCUUCUUCGGUGCCUUUGCGCUCGUCUUUUCUACCAAUUAUGGCUUCAAUCUGUGGCAGAUCGGCAUGGCCUUUAUCCCCAUCUGCGUCGGCAUGUUCAUUGCGAGCGCGACAGAUCCUCUGUGGCACCGCUAUCGCAUGGGCCUCGUGGCCAAGCUUGAGCAGGAGACGGGCAUCAAGGGCAAGGCCGAGCCAGAGUUCCGCCUGCCGCCGGCGGUGGCUGGCGCGGUGCUGGCACCAGUGGGUGUCUUUAUCUUUGCGUGGACGUCGUAUCCGCAUGUUCAUUGGAUCGCACCGAUGAUUGGCGAAGCGAUUUUCGGAGCUGGCAUCGUACUAGUAUAUACCGGCAUCUUCACCUUCUUGGUCGAUGCGUAUCCCACAUACGCCGCCAGCGCUCUGGCUGCCAACGCCUUUAUUCGCUGCUUGUUUGCAACUGCUUUCCCUCUUUUUGGAAACCAAAUGUACCACAAGCUCGGCUUUCAAUGGGCAUCCACGCUUCUGGCAUUCCUGCUGCUCGCGAUGAUGCCUUUUCCUUUCAUCUUCUUCCGCUACGGCAAGCAAAUCCGAAAGAAGAGUCGAUACGCUACCACUGCGUAG